GGCGGCGGCGGCGGCGGCGGCGGCGGCGGCGGCAGGAGGGCUGUUUGUUCUGCUCUCCCGCAGCCGGGGAGCCCGAGCGGCGGCGGCGAGCGGAGUCCUGGUGAAGAAUGUGAUGGGAUCGGUAGCAUGUCUGCGGAGAGCGGCCCUGGGACGAGAUUGAGAAAUCUGCCCGUGAUGGGGGAUGGACUAGAGACUACCCAGAUGUCCACGACGCAAGCCCAGGCCCAGCCCCAGCCAGCCAACGCCGCCAGCACCAACCCCCCGCCCCCAGAAACCUCCAACCCCAACAAGCCCAAGAGGCAGACCAACCAGCUCCAGUACCUGCUCCGCGUGGUGCUCAAGACGCUAUGGAGACACCAGUUUGCGUGGCCUUUCCAGCAGCCUGUGGACGCCGUCAAGCUGAACCUCCCUGAUUACUACAAAAUUAUCAAGCAGCCAAUGGAUAUGGGAACAAUAAAGAAGCGCUUGGAAAACAACUAUUACUGGAACGCUCAGGAAUGUAUCCAGGACUUCAACACGAUGUUUACGAAUUGUUAUAUCUAUAACAAGCCUGGAGAUGACAUAGUCUUAAUGGCAGAAGCUCUGGAAAAGCUCUUCUUGCAAAAAAUCAAUGAAUUGCCCACAGAAGAAACGGAGAUCAUGAUAGUGCAGGCGAAAGGACGCGGGCGCGGGAGGAAAGAAGCAGGGACAGCAAAGCCCGGCGUGUCGACGGUACCGAACACGACACAGGCAUCGACACCGCCGCAGACCCAGGCCCCUCAGCAGAACCCUCCACCUGUGCAGCCCACACCUCACCCCUUCCCCUCCGUCACCCCAGACCUCAUCGUCCAAACACCUGUCAUGACGGUGGUGCCGCCCCAGCCCUUGCAGACGCCCCCACCAGCGCCCCCACAGCCACCUCCCGCACCUGCUCCCACCCCCCAGCCAGUGCAGAGCCAUCCACCCAUCAUUGCGGCCACCCCGCAGCCCGUGAAGACAAAGAAAGGCGUGAAGAGGAAAGCGGACACCACCACCCCCACCACCAUUGACCCCAUUCUUGAGGCACCCCUGCUGCCCCCUGAGCCCAAGGCCACCAAGCUGGGCCCCCGGCGGGAGAGCAGCCGGCCAGUGAAAGCCCCCAAGAAGGACGUGCCCGACUCACAGCAGCACCCGGCAGCGCCGGACAGGAGCACCAAAGUGUCGGAGCAGCUUCGAUGCUGCAGCGGCAUCCUCAAGGAGAUGUUCGCCAAGAAGCACGCGGCCUACGCCUGGCCCUUCUACAAGCCCGUGGACGUGGAGGCCCUGGGCCUGCAUGACUACUGCGACAUCAUCAAGCACCCCAUGGACAUGAGCACUAUCAAGUCAAAGCUGGAAGCCCGCGAGUACCGUGACGCUCAGGAAUUUGGUGCUGACGUCCGAUUGAUGUUCUCCAACUGCUACAAAUAUAACCCUCCUGACCAUGAGGUGGUGGCCAUGGCCCGAAAGCUUCAGGACGUAUUCGAGAUGCGCUUUGCCAAGAUGCCAGAUGAGCCUGAGGAGCCUGUGGUGGCUGUGUCCUCCCCGGCGGUGCCACCCCCCACGAAGGUGGCUGCUCCCCCCUCGUCCAGUGACAGUAGUAGCGACAGCUCCUCAGACAGUGACAGCUCCACCGACGACUCAGAGGAGGAGCGUGCCCAGCGGCUGGCUGAGCUCCAGGAGCAGCUCAAGGCCGUGCAUGAGCAGCUCGCAGCCCUCUCCCAGCCCCAGCAAAACAAACCAAAGAAAAAAGAGAAAGACAAGAAGGAGAAGAAAAAGGAAAAGCACAAAAAGAAAGAGGAGGUGGAGGAGAGUAAGAAGAGCAAAGCCAAGGAGCUUCCUCCCAAAAAGACGAAGAAGAACAGCGGCGGCGGCCCCGCCAGCAAGAAGGAGCCGGCGCCCACCAAGAGUAGACCCCCGCCCACGUACGAGUCUGAGGAGGAGGACAAGUGCAAGCCCAUGUCCUAUGAGGAGAAGCGGCAGCUCAGCCUGGACAUCAACAAGCUGCCAGGCGAGAAGCUGGGCCGCGUGGUGCACAUCAUCCAGUCGCGUGAGCCCUCGCUCAAGAACUCCAACCCCGACGAGAUCGAGAUUGACUUCGAGACGCUGAAGCCGUCCACGCUGCGUGAGCUUGAGCGCUAUGUCACCUCCUGCCUGCGGAAGAAGCGGAAGCCCGCAGCCGAGAAGGUGGAUGUGAUGGCAGGCUCCUCCAAGAUGAAGGGCUUCUCGUCGUCGGAGUCGGAGAGCACCAGCGAGUCCAGCUCCUCUGACAGCGAAGACUCGGAAACAGACAUGGCUCCAAAGUCAAAAAAGAAGGGGCACCCUGGGAGGGAGCAGAAGAAGCACCAUCACCACCACCAUCAGCAGAUGCAGCCGGCCCCGGCCCCUGUGCCCCAGCAGCCCCCACCACCUCCCCAGCAGCCAGCGGCACCCCCCGCGCCCCCGCAGCCCCCUCAGCAGCCGCCACCACCGCCACCCCCGCCCUCACUGCCGCAGCAGGCGGCGCCCAGCUUGAAGCCCUCGCCGCCCUUCAUGGCCACGCAGGUGCCCGUGCUGGAGCCCCAGCUCCCGGGCGGUGUCUUCGACCCCAUCAGCCACUUCGCCCAGCCCAUCCUGCACCUGCCCCCGGCGCCCGAGCACAGCACUCCGCCUCACCUCAACCAGCACUCGGUGGUCUCCCCGCCAGCUUUGCACAACGCACUGCCCCAGCAACCGUCACGGCCCAGCAACCGAGCCGCCGCCCUGCCCCCCAAGCCUGCCCGGCCCCCGGCAGUGUCCCCUGCCCUGACCCAGCCCCCCAUGCUCCCGCAGCCACCCCAAGUGCUGCUGCAGGAGGACGAGGAGCCGCCUGCUCCGCCCCUCACCUCCAUGCAGAUGCAGCUGUACCUGCAGCAGCUGCAGAAGGUGCAGCCGCCUGCCCCACUACUCCCUUCCGUGAAGGUGCAGUCUCAGCCCCCGCCCCCCCUGCCGCCCCCGCCGCACCCCUCUGUGCAGCAGUUGCAGCCGCCACCACCGCCCCCUCAGCCACAGCCUCCGCCCCCCCAGCCACACCAGCCCCCGCCACGGCCUGUGCACAUGCAGGCACUGCCGUUCCCCACGCACAUCCAGCCACCGGCACCCAGCCAGCAGCCACCCCACCCACCACCCGGCCAGCAGCCGCCGCCGCCGCCACAGCCCGCCAAACCACAGCAAGUCAUCCAGCACCACCCCUCGCCCCGGCACCACAAGUCGGACCCCUAUUCGGCCGGUCACCUCCGAGAAGCCCCAUCCCCGCUGAUGAUACAUUCCCCCCAGAUGCCACCGUUCCAGGGCCUCACUCACCAUUCACCACCCCAGCAGAACGUGCAGCCCAAAAAGCAGGUACAGGGCAGGGUGGCACCAGACAGGGGCUGGGGCCAGGGCCGGCUCCCGCCCACCUCACCGGUCGUGGUGCCUGUGCCCACGCAGGAGCUGCGUGCCGCCCCUGUGGUCCAGCCCCAGCCCCUGGUGGUGGUGAAGGAGGAGAAGACCCACUCGCCCGUCGUCCGCAGCGAGCCCUUCAGCCCCUCGCUGCGGCCAGAGCCCCCCAAGCAUCCCGAGAGCAUCAAGGCCCCCGUCCACCUGCCCCAGCGGCCCGAGAUGAAGCCCGUGGAUGUCGGGAGGCCAGUGAUCCGCCCCCCGGAACAGAACGCACCCCCACCAGGGGCCCCCGACAAGGACAAGCAGAAACAGGAACCCAAGACACCCGUUGCACCCAAAAAGGACCUGAAAAUCAAGAACAUGGGCUCUUGGGCCAGCCUGGUGCAGAAGCAUCCCACCACCCCAUCCUCCACCGCCAAGUCAUCCAGUGACAGCUUCGAACAGUUCCGCCGCGCAGCGCGGGAGAAGGAGGAGCGGGAGAAGGCCUUGAAGGCCCAGGCCGAGCAUGCGGAGAAGGAGAAGGAGCGGCUGCGGCAGGAGCGCAUGAGGAGCCGAGAGGACGAGGAUGCGCUGGAGCAGGCGCGGCGUGCCCACGAGGAAGUGCGCAGGCGCCAGGAGCAGCAGCAGCAGCAGCGCCAGGAGCAGCAGCGCCAGGAGCAGGCAGCCGCAGCCACUGCCCCCCAGGCCCAGAGCUCCCAGCCCCAGUCCAUGCUGGACCAGCAGCGGGAGCUGGCCCGGAAGCGGGAGCAGGAGCGGAGACGCCGGGAAGCGAUGGCAGCUACAAUCGACAUGAAUUUCCAGAGCGAUCUGCUGUCAAUAUUUGAGGAGAAUCUUUUCUGAGAACACCUCAGUGACUUCUGACUUUGAUUUUCUGGCAAAACAUUGACUCUCCAUAGUGUUAGCGGCGGCAGUAGCCGCGGCCAGGGCUGUGUCCGGGCAGGCCUGACGGGCAGCUGGGGAUGGCGGAACCUGUCUGCCUUACAGCCAGCGGACGUCCCUCCACCCGCCACCCUCACGGACGUCAGCUCAGAGCACGCCUCGCCACGAGCAAGUGCCGGCCAGACCCCAGCCCCGCACCCUGCGUCUGGGACGGGCCCUUCUCUCCGCCAAAUGUCUGCACAGUGUACACAGGACGCUGCCGCCGCCUGACUGGUUUCCUAUCCCUAAGAAAGUGACGUUUGUGGCAUCCUGCCCGCAGGGGUCACCCCCCAGCCCAGCUGUGGCGCCCAGCAGCUGCUGUGGGUGGGGCGCCGGCCCACCCCUUGCUGGCUCUGACUUUGCCUUGAACAGACCCCGCCCACCCUCCCCCACAAGCCUUUAAUCGAGAGCCACUCUCUGUAAGUGUUUGCUUGUGCGAAAGGGAAUAGUGCCGUGGAGGAGCAAGGCGACUGUCACGUGUGGGCCAGCCCGCCAGUGAGCGAGGCCACCAACCAAAGUCACUUCCUCCCCUCCUGUGGUUCUGGGUUUGGUUUUUUGUUUUUUUUUGGGGGGGGGGGGUGUUUUUUUCCUAUAUAUAUUUUUUGCUGGAUUCUAUUUUAUUUUUGACUCUCUUCUCCAGGCACACUGGCACUGCUUCUCUCCGGAAAGGUGUGAUGGUCUCCUCACGGAGUGGCGGCUACGUCGCCGUGGCAGUGUGUGGCCGUGUGUGGCCGUGGUUGUCCUGUGCAGUGAACAUAGUGGGCGUCUUUGUUUGAAGUCUGUCAGUGACUCCACCAAACUGGUGUAAAAAGGAAACUCAAAAAAUCCACAAAAAAAAACAAAACACAAAAUAGGAAAAAAAAACACCCUAUAUUUUACUCGGUUUCAACCUUUAUUAGUCUAUUUUUAGUUAUAAACCAGAAAGCUGCAUUCCCCCUUCCCACCCUCGUUUCUUGGCUUUUUUUUUUUUUUUAACAUCAGGUCUGUUUUAAGUUGGUGGGUUUUUUUGUUUGUUUGUUUAUUUUUACCAGGAAACAAAGGGCCAGGGGACAAGGUGGGUCCUGGGACCCCAGACCGUUCCCACAGCUGGCUGCCCUUCCUUCCCCUCCCCCACCCCCUUUUUUAAUUUGGUAAUUGGAGCCCUCACGAGGUCAGUGUGCCAUGAGAUUCCCCCUCCACCAUGGCGCUGGUGCCUCAGUGCUGGCCAAACACGGAGUCACUCACUGGUUUGACUUUGACGGUGAAUAUGCAUUUGGUCUGUACUGAUCAUGGAAUAAACACAUCUCUCUUUUGUAA